CUUUUUUCUCAAGCCAACGACAGCUGCAUUCCCUUCAUUCCGAGGGUCCUCGGUCUUUGGUUGGGCUGUCAAAAGCUCCGCUUAUAUAGUGGUCGGAGAGCGGGGAAACCGGCUGUGUGUAUAUUUGUUUCAUUCAUCGCCUUUUUGAAAGCACGAAAGCCGCAAAACUGGCAACUACAGCAGUGGAAAUGAACUUGCGCUUUGAGAGUGACGCCUGGGCUCCCGCUCCAGUCCCAGUAGGGGAAGAUAAGGUCUGGAGAGAAGUCGAACAGGAAAAGGAAUGGUCAGAAAGAGCAAAAGACAUGUCAGUGCCAGCCCUCAGUGGACUUCGACGUACGAGCUUUGGAGGCCUGGCACCAGCAUUUCUGCAGCGAAAGGAUUCCUCCUUGGAAAAUGGCGUGAAUCCGUGGAAAUCCUUUCUGACAGCAGCAUCCUCAACAUCUCCUGUUAGUAUGAUACCGCAUGACCUUUUCGCUGUUGGUCAAGGGGCAGCUGCGGUCCCAGCUGAAGUCGUUUCCGCCUUUGCGCGGCAAUUCUCUGAAGCCGAGACGUCGGGAGAUGAGUCUAGUGUGAUCGAACACUCCGAUGGGAGUGAGACGGGUUCUGUUAAUCGGUCUCGAUCGCGAUCUCCUACUAAACCUCGGCGGAGGUCCUCCAUAGUGUCCCUGAGGAGCCUACCCCGGGUUCCUGAACUUUCGACUGAACGUCCCAUUUCUCCCCUUACCCUCGAGGAUAAUUCCGUACACUCUUCUACAUCCACCCUCGUUGAGGCGACCCCGACAUCCAACAGUGAUACUUUGAAAGUACCAAGUGUAUUUGAAAGCACUGAUGAUACAGCUGAUUCAGAUGCGGAAGAGUUGUCAACGGAGAGCUCUAUUACAUUUUAUCAAGGUUUCCGUGCGCUUCACCCCAAGUUGGCAACGCCAUCCAACCCAUCAUCACCUCGCUCCGUUGGCUUGAGACUCGGCCAAUCGACCGAGUUGGAUUUGCCACGAUCUCCAAACCCCUCAUACAGGGCCCCGCCGUCUGCCAAACACUUUCCAGAAAAAGCACGGAUUCACGCGGCGUCCAUCAAUAACAUUGCCCGACUAUUUUCUGAACUGUUGAAUGAACGUGACUCUGUGCUGCACGAAAGUGAAAGACUAGAAGGACAACGGACGGCAAUAUCUGACGAGCUGAGACAAAUUGAAGAUCUCCUUACUGAGUUGGGACGACGAAAGCACGAAUUGUCGGGCAAAUUAAAACGAGUAGUUGAAAAGGAAGACAAAGUCAACCAGAUGUUGGAUGACCUGGACGCAAGGAUAUCGUCCAUUGGGGAUGAGACCAUGUCGUUUGAGCGAACUAUUCGCACCUUAAAAGGUCGCUCAGCUUCGAUUGCGGCUGAUGUAGAGACGGAUGAUGAGGCCCCUGAGAUACAGCCGAACACGUGCUAUAAGACCCUCUAUGGGCAUAGCGAUAGCGUCGAAUGCCUGGACUUUGAUAUGCCCUACGGAACAUUGGUAACUGGAUCCGCUGACAGGUCAGUAAGGGUGUGGGAUUUGAGUAGCCACCGAUGUGCGGCUUUGCUGCAGGGCCAUACUGGUUGGGUCCGAGCUGUGCAAGUGAAGGACCAAGUAUUGAUGUCAGGAUCAGGGGAUCACAGCAUUCGUCAAUGGAACCUUUCAAAUCUGCCACCACUUCCAGCAGCACCUCCUGGGAAUCUUGCCUCAUCCCCUUUCUAUACACCAGAAGCUGAUGAAGUUUGUGUACAUAUGUUCCGAGGGCAUACUGGCGGAGUUGGCUGCCUGAUGUUCGAUGACCAGUGGCUAGUCAGUGGGAGUGUCGACAAGACAGUUCGCCAAUGGGAUCGAGAGACCGGAAAUGAAGUUGCGGUUCUGCGAAGUGAAAAAUGGGUGGAUGGAAAUCACAUGGACAAGGUUGAUCGGCUACUGAUUGGAGACUUUCCCUCUAUGGACGACCGAUCCGGAUUAGAGGAGGCCGAGGACGGCAAGGGCAUUAUUUCGAAACGUGGAUUCAAGUUGUAUAAUGUUGGCGGGCAUGUCGGUGCCUUGCAGUUCUGGCAUCAUGCUCUUGCUGCAGGUUAUGGGGACGGGGUCGUGCGACUGUGGGAUUUGAGGACCGGCAAGUGCCACCGUGAGCUGGCUGGACAUCUUGCGGCGGUUACCACCCUGAAAUUUGAUCAAGCACAUGUGAUUUCGGGUAGUGUAGAUAAAACGAUCAAGGUGUGGGAUUUACGCACAGGAGAAGCUGUUGACGAAGUUCGAUUUGACGGUUGUGUAAAUGACCUGCAUCAUGACAUGUUUAGGAUAGUCGUAGCGGCAGGCUCCAAGGAUGUGCAGAUCUACAAUCGGACGACAUCCGUCAUCAAAAGUCUGGAAGGCCAUUCAAAGCCUGUGCGAUCGCUGCGACAUAUGGAUGACACACUUAUUUCCGGAGGGAUGGAUACCACUGUACGCAUUUGGCGGAUCUAGAUGUAGCCAUCAGAUACGUCCCAAGUUACAGGACAAGCUUGGAUCGUCCAAGAUGUAUAUUAUAGAGAGAUGGUUGGUAGGCUGAGGAGAAGUCAAGGGGAAGAUGGUUAGGAAAUAGUUGUGUGUCUUGUGUAUUGCGCAGGUUUGAAAGUCUGUGCUUGAAGGUGUGGAGCGGUUGUCGGUAGGGAACUGAGUCUGUCCCAUUUUCCUCUUCUUCUAUUAUAUAUUAUAUAUAUUGCGCGGGAUGGGUAGGGCUGAUGCAGCAAUUCAUUCAAAAGUCUUUAUUAUCGUCG